GCAGCCCGGCCAAUCGCCAUGUCCCUGCGGAAGCGGGUGGAAGGCGGAAGCGGGAGGCUGGCGGGCUCUCCGGAGGCGGGGGAGCCCGGGGAAGCGGCGCCCGGCCGGGGCUUGCCGCCGCCGCCGCUGCUGCCUUGGGACCGCUUCUCGGCCUGGUUGCACUGCGUGUGUGUCGUGGGCUUCGACUUGGAGCUUGGUCAGGCUGUGGAGGUAAUAUACCCUCAACAUGCAAAACUUACAGAUAAAGAGAAAACCAAUAUUUGCUAUUUGUCUUUCCCAGAUUCCAAUUCAGGUUGCCUUGGAGACACACAGUUUUGUUUUAGGUUCCGGCAGUCUUCUAGCAGAAAGCUUUCGUGGCAUUGUCUGCUGGACCAGUUUGACAGAGACCUACCCAUUUACUUGAAGAAGGAUCCUGCUUAUUAUUAUGGCUAUGUAUAUUUCAGACAAGUACAAGACAAAACAUUAAAAAGAGGCUACUUCCAGAAGUCCUUGGUUCUGAUCAGCAAGCUGCCUUAUAUCCAUUUUUUUCACACUGUGCUUGGACAAAUUGCACCUGAAUAUUUUGAAAAGAAUGAACCUUACUUGGAAGCAGUUUGUAAUGAUGUUGAUCGAUGGCCACCACCAAUCCCAGGGGAAACCCUACAUUUGCCUAUUAUGGGCAUUGUAAUAAAGGUGCGGAUUCCUACAUGUCAUGACAAGCCUGGAACAACCCAAGUAUUACAGUCAACAUACCAGGCAGACACACAGAUCUCCAUUGCUUUGCCUACUGUCCAUGAAGUAGAUCUCUUCAGAUGUUUCCUGCCAGUCUUCUUUCACAUCCAGAUGCUAUGGGAGCUAGUGUUGUUAGGGGAACCGCUUGUUGUCAUGGCACCGUCACCAUCAGAGUCUUCAGAAACUGUGUUGGCACUUGUAAGUUGUAUCUCACCUUUGAAGUACUGCAGUGAUUUUAGGCCUUAUUUUACAAUACAUGACAGUGAAUUCAAAGAAUAUACCACUCGUACACAGACCCCGCCUUCUGUCAUAUUAGGAGUGACAAAUCCAUUUUUUGCAAAAACACUGCAGCACUGGCCGCACAUCAUCCGAAUAGGAGACAUUAAACUGUCAGGUGAAGUCCCAAAGCAGGUGAAAGUGAAAAAGUUGAAGAACUUAAAGACUUUGGAUUCUAAACCUGGUGUUUAUACAUCUUAUAAGCCAUACUUGAACAAAGAUGAAGAAAUAAUAAAACAGUUACAAAAGGGAGUACAGCAGAAGCGUCCUGGAGAAGCCCAAAGCAUAAUUCUUCGACGUUACUUCUUGGAACUGACCCAAAGCUUCAUUAUUCCUCUAGAACGAUAUGUAGCAAGUUUGAUGCCUCUGCAAAAGAGCAUAUCACCUUGGAAGAGUCCACCACAAUUGAAACCUUUCAGCCAAGAGGAAUUUAUGAAAACACUUGAGAAAGCAGGGCCUCAGCUUACCUCUAGAUUAAAAGGAGACUGGAUAGGACUGUACAGGCAUUUUCUGAAAUCUUGUAAUUUUGAUGGUUGGUUCAAGACGCGGCGGAAAGAAAUGACACAGAAGCUGGAGGCCUUGCAUUUAGAAGCAUUGUGUAAUGAGGAUUUACUUUUCUGGAGUCAAAAACACACUGAAGUCGAAACUGUGGAUCUAGUCUUAAAAUUAAAGAAUAAACUGGCUGAUGGAGAAAAUUUACCUGUGAAAGCUGGCACUAUGGAAAAGUUACAGAUGCACAUUGAUUCAAUUAUACUUGCACAGCCGGAAGAUUUGCAGGGUAUCCUGAACAAAACUGGCUCAACGUGACUAAUUGAAUUUUUAUGCAGCCAAAUGUACCACAUCACACAUUUCAAAGGUAUAAAGAGGACACACUCAGAGAAUCAGAGAACAGUAGAUGUGAAAAAUAUAUGGUAAUGGAAUUAGACCGUGUUUAUACUUCUAAAAAGCUUGUUAAAUUAGCCCUUGGAGUUUAACUUGAAUAUAGAAGAAACUGAAAGAUUUUUGUUUGUCAAUUAUGUUUAAAACAAAGUGCUCUUAUUGAAAAUCUGCAUACAUCUUAAACUUUUACAUACAGGCCCACAAUGCAGUGCAGGCAUUGCAAACCUUCUUAAACUGGUGGUGCUCUGCCCACUUUUUUCAGACUCAGGGGAAGCAAUAUUCCAGUUGGUUUCAAAGCUGUCUCUCUUAAAGUAACAGCUAGUAGCCUUCCAGUGAGUAAUUUUAAAAUAUAUUUUAUCUCCUAUUAAGAUUUCAAAUGGCAGUCUACAAAACAUUGUAGCUCAUUUCAUAUAUCAUGGAAAUGUAUUGCCAAAAUGUGAUUUAGUCAUUAGGACCACCCCUUUGGGCUUGCAUAUUCCUCCCUCUGUCCCUCCUACUUCUUUAGGUCGGUGUGCUAACUAUAGUCUGCUGUGGUACCUCAGCUGGGAAAACUGCUGUUGCUGCUAAUCUUACUUUGUCCCCAGACUGGAGACUGAAAUCAGGAAUUGAAACCCAUUUCAACCCCUGGUUUCAGUCUCCAAUUUGGACACAAACUAGUUAGCAAUAAUCAUAGGUUGUUGAACUGAGAUAUCGCAGCGGACUGCAGUUAUCUUAAUUGGGGUGGGUGGGGGAGAGUACAUGUACCCAAAGGAAUAGGAGGAAAAGAGGGAGUACUAUGCUCUUGUAAGGGAUCUCCUGAUCACAUCAGCUUUGUGACACCUGAAUCGAGCUGAUGACUUGAGAUUUUCAGUGUACAAUAAUGCAAUUACUACUUACUUGGAAACAAAUCUGUUUCUGGAGCAGAUAUAGAUUAGCAAACUACAAAGUAAUUGAUUUACUACCGGUUAUGUUUUUUCUUAAGAUUGUAUAUUUUUCACUGGUUGAUGUAGAUUCCUUCGAGAAAAAAACAGUAUUAACCCCACCCCACCCCUUUUUAAGGUUAGGAUCCAAUUAAGUGGGUGAUUCUCAUCAAAGCUCUUAAACUGUCUUAUCAUGCUAAUCUAAAGU